AUGGAUCCAAACUCUGGCUUGCUUCCUCCUCUGUCCCGGGCUUGCUCCCACCUGGCACAGCCCUGUAUGGAAGGCGAGAGAAGCCCAGUCCCCCGAGAGAAGGCCGGAGGCUCCCCCUUUGCCUGGAGCCCAGUCCCCAGUUCUAGCUUUGCCGACCCUGACUGGUUCUGGGAUGAGAAUAUCCAGGCAAAGAGGGCCAGAGUGGAGACCAUCGUCCAAGGCAUGUGCCUCUCUCCCAACACUCUGCUGCCAGACGGUGCCCGAGCCGGGGAGGCCGCAUGUUGCCCAGAGAGGGCGCGGGAGCGGAAGAGGAAGCAGAGCCUUCCCGUGCAGCAAGGCCCCCUGAAGCCAGGCCCUGCUGGGAACCAUGACAGCAGGAAAGGGGGCCCUCGGGUGAGAGAACAGCUCCAUCAGCUGAAGCAACAGCUAAGACAUUUACAGAAGCACAUCCUGCAGGCUGCUGAGCCCAGGGACGCGGCUCAGGACCCAGGAGGCUCCGAGACGGACAAGGGCCCUCUGAGUGUGAAGCAGAGGAAGGGCUAUGGAUCUAGGCCCUGGGUGGUGGGCAGUGACCACUACCAGGGCUCCCAUGGGGACCUCUCCGGAGAGGAAAAACACAGGGCAUCCGACGUGGAAUACGAGUCUGAGGAGCCCAGGUUCCUUCCGUGUGGAGCACGGGCUUUGCUGGAGAUUCUGAGGAAAGAGUUGACCGAGGCAGUGUCCCAAGCUGUGGACUCAGUAUUACAAAAGGUACUGUUGGAUCCCCCAGGCCACCUGACUCAGCUGGGCAGAAGCUUCCAGGGGCUUGUGCCAGAGGGGAGAAGCGAGCCCUCCCCUCCUGAGAGAGGUGCCUGUAAAGAUCUCUUUCCUUUGGCCACCUUGCCCAGGAGCCAGCCACUGACCGGGGUCCCACUGCGAAACUUAUCCCUGGCCAAGUCCUUGGAUCCUCCUAGGUACCCUGUCUCCCUGAGGAUGUUCUCCAGACCCUGUCAGGGUCCCCCAGCAAACUGCCCUUUGACCACACCUUCCCAAGUCCAGGAAAAUCAGAUUCUCCGCCAGCUACUGGGGUGUGGACCCAGCAGUCACUGGAGCAGCAGUCUGCCCCAGGACUCAUCUUUCCAAAGCCAUCCCUCCUCAGAGUCCGCCCUGCGACCUUGGGGAGCAGCCAGACUGCGGCCAUCGGUUCUGAGGCAGCAGCAGUACCCCUUGCCCUUCGCUUCCCCGCCUUUGGAAAGACUGGCCCUCCUUCCCUCAGUGAAGCUGGAACAGGGUGGCCUGCAGGCUGCCCCGGAUGUGCUGCCUUUACCUUCAGUCCAUUUUUCCUUGACGCUGAGAUAAAUCCAGGAGGGCCUAAAUCCCGGUCACUUGAAGAAGGCCAAACUGAUGUUUUUCUUCACACGCUACCCCAGCUCCAACCUCCUGAAGGCUUACUUCCCUGAUGUCCAGUUCAACCGCUGCAUAACCUCCCAGAUGAUCAAAUGGUUCAGCAACUUCCGUGAGUUUUAUUACAUCCAAAUGGAGAAAUUUGCCCGGCAAGCGAUUUCAGAUGGUGUCACAAAUCCCAAAAUGCUGGUGGUACUCCGCAACUCAGAACUUUAUCGAACUCUCAAUAUGCACUAUAACAAGGGAAAUGACUUUGAGGUACCAGAUUGCUUCUUGGAAAUUGCCAGCUUGACGUUACAGGAGUUCUUCAGGGCUGUCUCCACGGGGAAAGACUCAGAUCCUUCCUGGAAGAAACCCAUUUAUAAAAUUAUUUCGAAACUGGACAGUGACAUCCCAGAGAUAUUCAAAUCUUCCAACUAUCCUCAGGAGCUGUUUCGGAACUAAGACCCCAUAAAGUGAGGAGCAACUGGCCAGGGCUUCCUGGGUUUGUCUUAAAUGGCAGUCAGUAUAGCUGUAGGCAUAUAAAAAGGGCAUAAGGAGAAACCCCCCACAUAGGUACCAUUACCAUUUCUGGUCCUUUAUUUCCUUUUUCAGAGUCAUUACAGGCAUAAUCUUAACUAUAAAAUAUAUCAACCAAAUGCAAUGGUAUGUUUGUAGCAUAUUGUGAAAAGGGCACAACAGUUUGUAAUCAGAUCUUAAAUCUUGACUCCACUGUUUUCCAGGUGUUGUGACCCUGAGAACUUUGCCAGGAUCUCUGCAUCUGUAAAACCAGGUUGGGAGGAUUAAAAGAUGUUCUGUCUUAAAGCCCUCUAUGAAAUGUUACUCACUACACAAAUGUUAGUUUUCUGCCCCCCCUUGGCUUUCAGAUAAAAUUAUCUUUUGUGUUUUAUUUUUAUACAUUUCUGGGUUUAGUUACCUAUUUAUGGAGGUCCACCUCUUUGCUAGACACUUUCAAACACAUUAUCUUUAUGCUUUUCACUCAGAAAAAUAGAUAUUAUCUUCAUUUGAAAAAUAACCAAACCUAAGUUGUAGAGCUGUGAAGUAACUUGCCAAGGUAAUAAGGCUAGGGUAUUUGGGUCAGUGGGGAUGGCCAGGGGUGUGGAGGUACCCAAGCCCUUCUGAUGCCAGACUCUAUGCAAGACUACCUCAUGCUGCUUUUUUGUGAUCUCAAACAGGCCACCAUGCCCAGGAAGCAUCCAGCACUGAUGGGGCACUGUCAUCUGACAAGCCCUGCCCGACACUCAGGAAUGCUUCAUCACCCAGGAUUUUCACUGAUCAUUCCAGCAUGCCCAAUGCAAAUUCUCUGCUGAACUUGAGUGUUGCUGUUCAUUCACUCAUCUGCUGGGAGUUUAUCAAUGAGAAAACCCAAGUAGGCUCUAGAUGGCUAAUGCAACUGAUGCCCCGACCUCUUAUGUACAGAAGAAACUGAACUUCAGACUUGGAAGCUGGAAGGGGCCUUAGGAGAUCACCUGGCACACCUUGCUUAAGAGAGGAAGGAGGGAACUGAGGUUCAGACAGGAGACAUGCACAGCCUGUGCACAGUCUCACAGACGAUGAAUGGCAUAAAUGGGAGAAAUAUAGCAGCACAUGCAGAAACAGAAAUUCUCCCACUCCAUAAGGAAAUUACAGAAAUUCAUGAAAUCAACAUUUUUUUCACCUAUUGGCCCAACACAAAUUGUGACUCACUCUGAGCAUAUAGGCAAGACAUGCGCAAAGCUGAGUAACUAACUGCAUUUGUCUUCUACACUAGUCAGAGCCAAGUCUCUAUAAGCACUGCAAAGGUGUGCAGGCUGGAUUGGGGGGGCCACACAGAGCUCAGGGCCAGUCAUUCUUUUUUUUUUAAAAUUUUAUUUUAUUUUAUUUUAUUUAGGGCCAGUCAUUCUGAUGAAAGGAUGUCUGUGACUUCAUUAGCCUACUUCUCCAUCUACACAAAACACGUUUCUAUAUUCAACUACCCCACUUCCUUGACUUUUUGGGUGAGCUGGAUCAGAGGAGAUAAAAUCCCUGUAGAUGUAUCAAUAUAAAAAGAUAUGCAAAAUGUCUUCCUUUUGAAUAUUCUCUUACUUCAAACAGCUGAGAGGAAAACCAAAGCAGAUGUAUUCAACCCAAACCAAUCUUUUCAGGUUGCUUUAAGAUUAUUUCUAAAUGUCCUUUAAUACACCGGGCUCCACUUAGAUGAUCUUUGCCAUAUUUUCUCCCACAAUGUUCCCUUCAAAAAUGAAGCAAUAUGCCAAAUCUAA